CCUCCGACGCCACGCCCCCUUCCGGCUUCCUCGACACAGCAUGGCUGUUCUGGGCACUUGGCUCUCCUUAGGUGUCCGGAGGCUGCACGUCAGCGUGGCGGCUCGGGCCGGCAGCCAGUGGCGACUUCAGCAGGGCCUGGCUGCCAAUCCUUCCGGCUACGGGCCCCUCACGGAGCUUCCAGACUGGUCGUUCGCCGAUGGUCAUCCGGCUCCCCCAAUGAAAGGCCAACUUCGAAGAAAAACCCAAAGGGAAAAGUUUGCAAGACGAGUUGUACUGCUGUCACAGGAAAUGGAUGCUGGAUUACAGGUGUGGCACCUCAGGCAGCAGGAGAAGCUACAAGAAAAACAACAGAAAAAUGCUUUUAAAGCCAAGCAUGGUGUCCAGGCUCCCCGGCUUUUAAUCCCAGCACUCAGGAAGCGGAGGUAGGAAGAUCGCUGUGAGUUUGAGGCCACCCUGAGACUA